CAGGCUCCAUAAUUGGAGCGGCCGCUCGCCCUGAGCCCCGAUCCGGGCACUGGGAUAGGGAUGGCUGGGGCCGCGAGUAGCGCUUUUUUACUCCUCCUCUUCGGAGCGCUGAGCCUGCAGGCCGAUCGGCCAGGCUUUCAGCAAUUAUCACAUCUGUCUUCCUAUGACAUUAUUGUCCCCCAGAGGGUUACUAGAGAACGACGAGAAGCGUCUGGUACCUCUUUGGCACAGGACAAGUUAUCAUAUGUUGUUGAAGUUGAAGGAAGGAAACGUAUAAUUCAUCUACAAAGAAACAAAGGACUUUUGCCUAAAGACUUCACAGUUUAUACAUACAAGGAAGAUGGAACACUGCAUUCUGAAAUUCCAGAUGUCCAGGGUCACUGCCACUAUCAGGGAUACAUCGAAGGAAUAUCAGAUUCUGUUGUUGCUGUCAGCACUUGCUUUGGACUCAGGGGGUUGCUGCAAGUUGAGAAUAUCACCUAUGGAAUUGAACCGAUGGAGUUGCCGUCUGGCUUUCAACACAUCAUCUACCGAAUGGAGAACGUGAAGAAAGAGCCUAUGGCCUGUGGGGUCGCUGACCCAGGUCAGAAAUGGGAAUGGAUGGACAAUUUACACCCCCUCAAAGAGACUCAGCUGCUGAGAAGAAAAAGAGGUGUCCUUCUUCAGACAAGAUACGUGGAGCUGAUUAUAGUUGUGGACAAAGAGAGGUAUGUGUUAUUAGGCAAGAAUGAAACUGCGGUGAGAGAAGAAAUGGUGCAGUUGGCCAACUACUUGGACGUUAUGUACAGUAUACUGAAUAUUCGUGUCGUCUUGGUGGGCUUAGAGAUCUGGACAAAAGCAAAUAAGAUCAGCAUAGACGGAGGUGCAGGGGAUGUUCUUUCUAACUUUGUCCAGUGGCGAGAGCGGGACCUUGUCUCACGUCGAAGACAUGACAGCGCUCAAUUAGUUCUGAUUAAACCAUUUGGUGGAACAGCAGGAAUGGCCUAUGUAGGAACAGUGUGUUCCAAGAGUCUCGCCGGAGGGAUUAAUGUGUUUGGACAAAUGAGUGUACAGAUGUUUGCUUCUAUUGUUGCUCAUGAACUUGGCCAUAACCUGGGAAUGAACCACGAUGAUGAAAGAGCCUGUACCUGUGAAACGAAGAACUGCAUUAUGAACUCCGGAGCAUCAGGGUCCAUGAACUUCAGCAGCUGCAGUGCAGAAGACUUUGAAAAGCUAACUUUGAACAAAGGUGGAAGUUGCCUCCUUAAUAUUCCUAGGCCAGAAGAAACUUAUAGUCCCCCAUAUUGUGGCAACAAGUUAGUAGAUGCUGGAGAGGACUGUGAUUGUGGAUCACCAGAGGAAUGUAAAUCUGAUCCUUGCUGUGAAGCAGGAACCUGUAAACUGCGUUCAGGAGCUGACUGUGCUUAUGGAGACUGCUGCCUGAACUGUCAUUACCUUUCCCAAGGCACUGUGUGCCGAGAGAGUGCCAAUGAGUGUGACCUCCCUGAGUACUGUAAUGGGACAUCACCGUUCUGUCCACAAGAUACCACCAUUCAGAAUGGGCACCCAUGCCACAACAAUGAAGCUUAUUGCUACAAUGGGAUGUGCCAGUAUUACGAUGCACAGUGCAAGGCCAUCUUUGGCUCAAAGGCAAAGGCUGCCCCAGAGGUUUGCUUUUCAGAAGUGAAUUCCAAAGGCGACAGAUUUGGAAACUGUGGUUAUCAUGGAUAUGAGUACAAGAAGUGCUCAAGCCGGAACGCCAUGUGUGGGAAGCUGCAGUGUGAGAAUGUGAAAACUCUCCCAGUCUUUGGGAUUGAGCCUGCUAUUAUUCAAUCUACCAUCAAAGGCAGCGUCUGUUGGGGAGUGGACUUCCAGCUGGGGUCAGAUGUACCAGAUCCAGGGAUGGUGAAUGAAGGCACAAAAUGUGCCCCUGGAAAGAUAUGUAAGCACUUCGAGUGUGUAGAUGUAGCUGUUCUGAAUUAUGACUGUGAUGUACAUAGUAAAUGCAAUGGACAUGGGGUGUGCAAUAGUAAUAAGAACUGCCACUGUCAUCCAGGAUGGGCCCCACCUUACUGUGACUCCAAGGGCUAUGGCGGCAGUCUGGACAGCGGUCCUCCCUAUAAUGAGUCUGCGCUGCAUUUUGCACUAAAUGCAAACAAUAAGGCAAACCCUUCCCCAAAGACCUUACGUUAUCGAAGAUCGUACCAGAAUCAACAAAAGACAGAGAAUACAUAUCCUCAACAGCAGACAGAGAAUACAUAUCCUCAACAGAAUACAUAUCCUCCACAGCACAUAGAUGAUUCAUAUUCGGGAUAUGAAUAUGGCCAAGGAAUGGACAACACAACCAAAAAUUGGUUGCUGGCUUUCUUCUUCGUGGUCGUUCCCAUAUUGCUAGUUUUGCUAUUCUGUCACUUAACAAAAGAUAGUUGGGUACAUUCCUUAUUGCCGCUGGUAGAUCACUGUAGAUGUUGGGGUGGACCAGUGGAGGUCACAAGUCCGGACCCUGUACAUACAGAAUUUCCACCAAGUGUGCCACAUUCUACAAGACAUCCAUCAGGUCAAAUGAAAUUGCAACCAAGUAGAUACCCAGUGACAUCACACACAAUUAUUCACCAGCCUAAUUAUGAAUCUGAUGGUUACACUUCUUCUUCUCUGCAGCCCAUGGAACAGCACACUGUACCACAAAGGCCACCACCCCCAGUGCUGAAGAAGACACCUCAGGAACACUUCUACCCUUCUCGGCCAGCACCAUUGCCACCUAUAUAACUUUCAGUUCAUCUUCGUUCUUCUGUGCCUCCACACAUGGGGACUGCGCAGGCGCAGGCCAGCCGCCGGAGAAUUUUCUAGAGCUUCCAAGGCUCCGAAAAAAAUGAAAUGCAAAACCAAGGAAUGUAAACUUAUCAAGCAAAUACCUCUACCAAAGCUGCAGAAACUGAAACCAACAUGCCUGUGAAGACUGUGAAAAUUGCAGUGGGUUGGACCUCUUGAUAGUGGAUCAGACUGAAAAUUGUUGGGUGGAACUCUCCCCCAUUUAUGAUUAAAUUUAAUCAUAGAAUGCUCAGUAUAUGAUCUCCCCCAACUUCACUAUCUGUUCACAAAAAAUAACAAUUUGGUUUAAAAGGGGCACAUUAUUAGAGCUACAAUUUUGAAAUAGAUAACUACAUUUAAUCCAAAUUUUCUUGGGUUGCAAAGCUCUGGAACAAACAGUUCUGCAAUUCUGAAGCAGAAGCUGGCUGUGGGCAGUGCUGAUUCCUUGGUCCUCAUUAUGCCACCAAGGUACCUACCCUACUCCAGAGAGGUUUUGCACUUAGGAAAACGGUUUCCUUUUUUAAACUGAUUAAUUUGAACAUAUAAAAACAACGGGCAGUCCAACUGAAGCAUAGGGAGGAGUCACAAGACUGAUGUUGGAACCAGCAUUUGAUUCGUUGAUAUGCAGGUUAUUCAGAUUGCAAACCUGGGAGGAAGCCAGGUUUGUACUGUAACUGAGGGACCUGCUAUGGUUUCUCUUUUAAUGUAACAUCUGUCUUUCCCUGUAGAGUCCAGCAUUAAAAAUUGUAAAUCAAAGUGGGCCAAUACAUUCUCAAAGACAACAUAUAGUUAUUCAAAUAUUUCUGUUUUGUGUGGACCAGACUUCGGUUUUAUGUGCACAUGGCUAAAAGGCACAUGUUGAAGUGCUAAGAAAAGUUAGUCUGCUUCUCAAAAGAAGAGGAAAUGUGUUGUUAAUGAGAGUGCACAGGUUUUAAUGGUGUGUGAGACAAUGUACAUCUUUAUGUAUAGUAUUAACAUGUUUUUUUUAAAACAGACCUUUUAAACUGUAUGCUGGCUGACACUAAACUGUAGAUGAUAAAUGAUGUUAGGGAAGUUUAACUUAAUGUUUUUGUUAACAAAUAGAAGUACAACAAAUUCUAAUUUACUACUAAUGGUUUAUCAGAAUUAAGGUACGAGAAAGUCACCUUCUUUAAGUCUAGGUUGGGGGUGAGGUAGGCUCACAAGGCAGUUGAUUUUGGCUCUUAUGAACUUGCUAGAAUCCUAAGCAUUCUAGCUUUAAAUUAGAAACUAUCCCUCAUGAUUGCAGAGGAAUGCUUGAAAAUGUGAUGAUAACCAGUGCAAAAGAACUGGAAAUGAGAGAACAAGUAAAAAGAAGCACAAAUUCAUUGCAAGUUAGUUCCCAUGACUUUGGUGGCUGUGUAUCAAGAUUUUUUCCCAGGGCUGUGUUUGACUUUUCGGUUUUGAAGAUAGCAGCCCCAGACUGAGACUGCUGUAGAGCUGUCAUGUGUCUCUCAACUACAGUUUGGCAUUGAUCAAGUUCACAAAAAUGCUAUGCAAAUGAUGCUAAUACCAUGCAGCUAAAGUAUGCAAAUCAGAGGCAAUCUUACAGCUUACCAUACAUUUCCCAUGUGGCCUUCAGCAGUCCAUGCCAAGAUAACCAGAUAAUAAAGUUAACUUUUAAAAUACCUUACAGUAAAUGUGUGAUGUGGAUAUAACAGCUGCUGACUGGGCAAAUUAACCUGAUGGUUAGUAUGUACAGCCUCUGGCUAUCCACCUUCUCUAACUCUGCACACUUACUGUAAUAUAUUUAGUAUGAGAGCAUCAGCAUUGGUGCAAAAUCCACUUUCGUGUAAUGCCUUUCAAAAUGUUAUGAGCACUUUAACCUCUAGCAGCCUGCUGAAGAAUCCAGCAUACGUAUCUUUUGAAAAAUUGCUUUUUUGUGUCAGUCAGGAUGUUUACAUUGGCUAAAUCUUUUUGGAUUGAAUUGCAUCAAUCUUUGCACCACUGAUUAAGCCAGAUUUUUAAAUUAUAUCUGCUAAAAAGAUUUCUGUUAGACCAGGAAGGGUAGAUUAAUAUUUGCUGAGGUGAUGGGAUAUCCUGGUAGCUAUUCUUAGAUGGUAUAUUAUUUGUUCGUAAUGGGUAAAGACGGUUAAGAAAGACUCGUCUGCUGCACUAGCUUCACUGAGUGAAAAAUACUUACUAAAUUAUGUUAAGACAUCCCCAUUUAGCAAUUGCAGUUCAGUAUAAAAUAAUUUGGUAAAUUUCUCCAUAAUUUUUGCCAAAAAGUCUUUAAAGGUGUUUGUAUACAUUCAUAUAUAUAUAUAUAUAUGUCUGCAUUUGCAAUAAUAAAAUACUUGAACUAUU